CGCCUUCUUUGCAUGUUGCAGAAGUAAGCAGAAACAACCAGCAACAUGGACGCGAUCAAGAAGAAGAUGCAGGCGAUGAAGCUCGAGAAGGACAAUGCGCUCGAUCGCGCCCUUCUCUGCGAGCAGCAGGCCAGGGAUGCCAACCUGCGAGCCGAAAAGGCCGAGGAAGAAGCCCGUGCCCUGCAGAAGAAGAUCCAGACCAUUGAGAACGACUUGGACCAGACACAGGAGCAGCUCGGUCAGGUGAUGGCCAAACUUGAGGAGAAGGAGAAGGCUCUGCAGAACGUGAGUACCAUCACCGCUUCUCUCCCCAAUCUCACGCAUACGACUACAGCACAUUGCAGCAGGAGCGGCACUUCUGCCGCCCAAGUAUUAACCUACAUCUUCAGCCAUACCUCACACGCACGGUUCCAAAAAAGCUACGACUAAGACAGGCGUAGUAAC